CGCCGAUGGUGGAGAUUUAGCACAACCUGGUGUGUUGAAGGUCAAGGCUGCAGUGGCUAGUGACUUAAUCCUUGUAGAGGCUGAUGCAGCCAGCCGGCCUGAGCCAUGGGGCGUCGUUCCCUCCUGCUCCUGCUCCUGGCUUUCCUGACUCCUGGGGCCGCCAUACCCGUACCGCCGGCCCUGAGGGCCCUCAGCAGCCUGCACUUGUCAACCAGCUUCAGAUCCCGACCCGCUGUUGCCAUGAAGUACUCGAUUCACUACAUCCAACAGAAGGUUGAUCAUUUUGGAUUUCAUACCGAUAAAACUUUUAAACAACGGUACCUAAUAGCUGAUAAACACUGGAAGGAAGAUGGUGGGUCUAUACUUUUCUACACUGGUAAUGAAGGGGACAUUAUCUGGUUUUGCAAUAAUACGGGGUUCAUGUGGGACAUGGCUGAGGAACUGAAAGCUAUGUUGGUGUUUGCUGAACAUCGAUAUUAUGGAGAGUCCCUACCCUUUGGUGCCAACUCCUUCAAGGAUUCCAGACACUUGAAUUUUCUGACAACAGAACAAGCUCUGGCUGAUUUUGCAAAGUUAAUCAAAUACUUGAAAAGAACAAUCCCAGGAGCUAGAAAUCAACCUGUCAUUGCCCUAGGGGGCUCUUACGGUGGCAUGCUUGCAGCCUGGUUCAGGAUGAAGUAUCCUCAUUUGGUGGUUGGAGCUCUUGCAUCCUCUGCCCCCAUCUGGCAGUUUGAGAAUAUGGUACCUUGUGGUGUUUUUAUGAAGAUUGUAACUACAGAUUUUAGGAAAAGUGGCCCAAAUUGUUCAGAGAGUAUCCGCAGGUCCUGGGAUGCCAUUAGUCGACUCACAGAAAAGGGUACUGGCUUGCACUGGCUUUCUGAAGCCCUUCACUUAUGCACUCCAUUAACAGAAUCUCAGGAUGUUCAGCGUUUGAAAGAUUGGAUCUCUGAAACCUGGGUGAAUCUGGCAAUGGUGGACUACCCUUAUGAGUCCAACUUUUUACAGCCUUUGCCUGCUUGGCCUAUCAAGGUAGUGUGCCAGUAUUUGAAAAAUCCCAAUGUAUCUGAUACAUGGCUGCUGCAGAAUAUUUUCCAAGCUCUGAAUGUAUAUUACAAUUAUUCAGGCCAGGCGAGAUGCCUGAAUAUAUCGGAGACAGCAACCAGCAGUCUGGGAGCCCUGGGUUGGAGCUAUCAGACCUGCACAGAAAUGGUCAUGCCCUUCUGUUCUAAUGGUAUUGAUGACAUGUUCGAACCUCACUCGUGGAACUUUAAGGAAUUUUCUGAUGACUGUUUUAAACAGUGGGGUGUGAAACCAAGGCCCUCUUGGAUCCCUACUAUGUAUGGAGGCAAAAACAUCAGUUCGCACACGAACAUCAUUUUCAGCAAUGGUGAAAUAGACCCGUGGUCAGGAGGUGGAGUAACUAAGGAUAUUACAGACACCUUACUUGCGAUCGUCAUCCCAGAGGGAGCGCAUCAUCUAGAUCUCCGAGCCAGCAAUGCCUUUGAUCCCAUCACUGUGCUAUUAGCCCGCUCCUUGGAAGUUAGACACAUGAAGCAGUGGAUCAAAGAUUUCUAUGCAAGUCUGAGAAAGAUGCACUGAAUUUGGUGUGGCGAAGGUUGAGAUAGAAGAGAACGUGAUGGUGGUGAUAGCAGCCAUCCAGUGACCUGAGUCCUUGCCAUCUUUGUGCCACCUCCAGGAAAAAUCUCUUCAUGACAGCUUUCCCACACCGUCAGUGGCCUUGAUAACUGGAGCAGGGUAUUGACUGCCUUUCACAAGAGGGGGAGUCACUUCCUUGGUUUCUCUGAAAGCAGGGAUUUAUUGGUUUCGAAGUUGAAGUCUCUUUGGCCCAUUUGUCACUAGCCCCUUCUCUACUUUCCCAAAAGGAAAAGCAGAAGAUGGAUAAAAAUGAUGUAAUUGCAGCUGGUAGGAAGGAUAUCCAGUGCCAAACCAGGAAAUGGGAACCAUUUCUUUUGUGCUUGAUUUAAUGACUUUGAACUGUGCUGUAAAUAAAGAAUAGGGCUGGACC